AUGACUCUAGCGAAUCUAGAUGGGACGACUGCAGCGGUGAGUCUAGCGCGUGACUAUAAUAUCCCUAUUCACUUCUCGUUUAGCGUUGAAACAGACGGACGGCUACGAGGAGGAAGAACCCUUGAGGAUGCGGUUCGAGAAGUCGCUCAUCUAACGGAGAAUUAUAUAACGUACUUUGUGGUGAAUUGUGCUCAUCCACGUUAUAUUAUAAAAGCAAUACGAAGUAUUCUCCCGGAUGUGAGGUCGAGGAUCGGGUCCAUUAGAGGGAAUUCAUGUCUUAAGAAUCACGAUGAGCUUGAUAACUCUCUGGUGCUAGAUCGGGGCGAUAUUUCGGUGUGGGUUCGAGAGUUCAAUGAACUUUUAAUUAUGUUGCUGGGACUCAAAGUGGUAGGGGGUGGCUGUGGCACGGAUGAAAGACCAUAUUGA